CUCUCUCUCUCAUCCUUUUCGCUCCUCUCGCCCAUCUCCGUGUUCGUUCCCUAAAUUUUAGGGUUUGAUCGAAAUCCUAGGGUUUCUCCGAUCGAAUGGUAUCCCUCUCGAUUUCGACCGUUCGAUCGCCAAAAUUUAAAUUCGGAGCCCUCUUAUUCCAAAUUUAGUCGGGAAUUUGGCGAUUUCGUGAUGGGCGAAAACCCCGCCCAUGGCCCUUCCGACGCGAAGCCCUACCCGCCCCGCCGCGCGCCCGAGCCGCGCGCGGCGGUGCCCCUCCUGCCGCCGCAGAUCGACGACGUGCGCGGCGGCGGGGACGCGCACAUGGUCGCGGGCGGCGCCGCGGCCGAGGCCCACCCGAUGCAGCGGUACGAGCACCACAAUGGCGGGGGAGAUGGGGGCGGGAUGGAGGAGGACGAGGAGGAGGACCACGACGGGGCCAUGGAGGCCGUGGCGAUGGACGCCGACGCGGUGCACGACUCGCAUGUGAUGGUGGCGCCUACCAUGGGCAACAACCAGCUGACCCUCUCCUUCCAGGGCGAGGCCUACGUUUUCGACUCCGUUUCCCCCGAAAAGGUGCAAGCAGUGCUUUUGUUGCUUGGAGGGCGGGAGAUUACUCCGGGAAUGGGUUCGGUUCCAUCCUCUUCGAACCCUUAUAACAGGCGUGUUAAUUUUCCACACAGAGUGGCUUCACUGAUGAGAUUCCGUGAGAAGAGGAAAGAAAGGAACUUUGACAAGAAGAUAAGAUACACUGUAAGGAAGGAGGUUGCUCUCAGGUAGCUCCUAAAUACUCGU